AAAGGCCGAUGGACGGCAGCUCAGCAUCCUCCCACCUCCACACCGAGCAGAGAGGACACACACCGGGACACUGUCAGGAUACGGGAGUGGAGGACAUGAACACCUGCCCGCGGAUCUAAGGAGGACAAUAUUCGGUCGCUCUGCCACUGGAGAUAUUUCCCUUCACACUGAGAGGAGAGACAGCCCCUCCGUCAUGCAGCACUACGGGGUGAACGGCUACUCUCUGCACGCCAUGAACUCGCUGAGCGCCAUGUACAACCUCCACCAGCAGGCGGCGCAACAGGCCCAGCACGCACCCGACUACAGGCCCUCGGUGCACGCACUCACUCUGGCAGAGAGACUAGCUGACAUUAUCCUCGAGGCCCGGUAUGGCUCCCAGCACCGAAAGCAGCGGCGGAGUCGGACGGCCUUCACCGCCCAGCAGCUGGAGGCCCUGGAGAAAACCUUCCAGAAGACCCACUAUCCAGACGUGGUGAUGCGUGAACGUCUGGCCAUGUGCACCAACCUGCCCGAGGCGCGCGUCCAGGUCUGGUUCAAGAACCGUCGGGCCAAGUUUCGUAAGAAGCAGCGCAGCCUGCAGAAGGAGCAGCUCCAGAAACAGAAGGAGGCGUCAGGGGGGACAGAGGGCUCUACAGAGGACUCCACCAAGACUGACCUCACUACCACCAGCAACACCACCACCACCACCUCCACCUCCACCUCCACUCUAGUUCCAGAGGCCUGCUCUCCUCCCCUGCCCUCCUCCCUCUCGUCCUGUCACUCAGACACAGAGAGGCUGGAGGCAACAAGGCCCCAGCAUGGUGAGAUGAGCGUGGAAGUCAACGUCACCUCCCCUGAGCCGUCGGACAGCGAGUCGGCGGCAGAAGACAAUGCUGACAGAGAGGAAAUGACGGGGGAGGCGAGGGUGAAGAUCGUGGAGGAGACGCAGAGGGACGGGGGGGCACAGCCGGGCAGCAGCUCCCCAUCCUGCAAACGACUCAGCCCUACAUCAGACUCUCCCCUGAGCUCUCCCGCCUUGCCCUCCUCCAGCAGCGUGACCAGCAACUUGGCCCAGAGCAACUCCUAUGCCUCGUCCCCCCUCAGCCUCUUCCGGCUGCAGGAGCAGUUUCGCCAGCACAUGGCCGCCACCAACAACAUGGUGCACUACCCGUCCUUCGACAUGAGCACGCCACCCUCUCUGCCCUACCUGGGCAUGAACGUCAACAUGCCGUCCCCGCUGGGCUCACUGCCCUGCCAGUCCUACUACCAGACCCUGUCGCAGGCCCAGCAGGUGUGGAACAGCCCGCUGCUGCCGGCGGCGCCGGGCGGCCUCCCAGGGAGCCUCAACAGCAAGACGACGAGCAUCGAGAACCUCCGCAUGAGGGCCAAACAGCACGCAGCCUCGCUGGGAUUGGACACACUCCCCAACUGAAGCGCACGCUGCUCAGUCUACGCGUUCGAUCCUCUGCUCUGGGCUGAAGCUAUGAAUUAUGCCCUGUCCACAAGAGGCCACUCUGGCUCCCCGGCACUUUUCUCUCGACCUCUCACCACGUGUGUCAAUACAAAAAUGCAUUGAGAUAAUAGCUCAAGUUUAAAUCCAAACUCUUUGACUGCUUAUCCAGUUGGCUGUCAAAACAAUUAGUUUGAACUCCCACGGUUCAAAAUCUGCCCAACGUUGUUUGCAGUUUGCUGAAUUUUAACUGAACCCAAUCUUCAAUACCAGAGCAGUGUGACAGACGGUAGAGACGCCGUAUUUUUCAGGCGACAAAUGAAGGCCACAAAAAUGUUUCAGAGCAGGCACUUAAGGGGCCCCUCUCUCAGCUUGGGGCCCUCGGUUGUUGACAAAGCACAUCGUAUGGGUGCGCAGCUCACUGCUGAGAGCAAAUCCGAACAUGAAGAACAUCUCCGCUGGAGAGACCAAACAGAGAACAAGAUUAUAAGAAGAACUCAAUGGACUUGACAAAUGAAAAGAAAUUAAAUAGAUCCCACCUGGACUGGAGUUACGACUGAACAGUACGUUCUGCCUCUGUGGAUCUCACUUGUAUUGAGCUUAAGCCUAAUGCAAGCUGCUCACCAUAUUUUCGAAUCAGCUUUGUGAAGUCAGUCCAGAAGGUCUUGAGCCACCGAGCGCUCCGUCUCGUUCCAGGACCGAUGAGAGAUAUUAAAGUAUUCCAUAACUCAACACCUGAACAUUGAACUAUGCAUGUGUGCACCCUGUGAAGCAUGACUUACAGCCGCACAACGCAGAAGGAAGUCACAUCAGAUCUAAUAUCAGAAACCAGAUCAGAUAAUCCCAGAGCCAAAUGUUUUUUUUUUUUUUGUAGAUGUCGAUUCUCCUCGUUUAAAGUUUAAAGUUGCCUGGGAAAUUCACUUGAGCAUUGUAAAUAUCCCUCAGUGUUUGCCUCCAUCUGCCUGGUUAAAGAGAAACUUUUAGGAUUUGACAGGAAACGUUCCGUUCAUUUUGUCAAUUGUGGCUUUAAGCAAAGGACCUACAGUGAAGAGGAGGCGCAGUCGAGAAUAAAGCUGAACCCAGCCCAUGUAUAUUUUUUUGUUAACUCGGGCGCCAGAUUGAGCUCACCACUCAUUCUGAGCCAGUGGCUUCAGCAGAAAAGAUGCACGGGCCAGUUCUCUAUGUAUUAUAUCGCUGUAGAUUUAAGACAUGUAUUUCUCGAUUGUUUCAAAUGUGAGUAAUUUAUCUGUUUAAUUCAAGGGAAUAAAUCACACAUAAGAAUGA